GGGGCCGGGCCGCCGCGCACGCCGCCCGCGCCCCGCGCCCUGCCCAGCCCGGGUCACCGGCGCUCGCGCUCGCCGCUUAGCACUCGGGCGCCGCUCGCUUCUCCGGGCAUCGCGGAAAUAUCGCCGCAGACGGACACAAUGGCGGCGACUGCCGCCACCACGGCCGCCACCGGCACGGCCGCCUGCAGCAGCAGCAGCAGCAGCAGCAGCAGCAGCAGCGCCGGCACCGACGCCGCGGGCACCAGCGGAUUGCAGCCGCCGCCGCCGCCGCAGCCCCAGCCCCAGCCCCAGCCCGCGGCUGCCGCGCCGGCCCCGCCGCCGCCGCCGCCGCCGCCCGAGCCCCCCAGGAAGCCGCGCAUGGACCCGCGGCGCCGCCAGGCUGCCCUCUCCUUCCUCACCAACAUCUCGCUGGACGGCCGGCCGCCGCUGCAGGACGAGGAGUGGGGCGGCGGCGAGGAGAGCGGCGCGGCCAAGCCCGGCGCCGGCAGCGCCUGCGGCGCGAGGACUCGGCUCAGCCUGCUCGCCGCCGCCGAGCGGGGCGGCUGCAACGCGCUCGCCGCGGCGGGCACGGCGGCGGCGGCGGGAUGGGGCCCCUGCCCCCCGCAGCCCGCGCCGCUGCCGCCCCUGGCCCCCGGCGGCCACGCUGCGGGGCUCGGGCCCGGGGCGCCCCGGGGCUUCCUGAGCCCCCCGGGCGCGGGCCGGGCGUCGGGGGAGCAGCCCCAGCCGCCCCGGCCGGCGCCUCCCGCCUCCUGCGCCCCGCCGCAGCUGCCCGACGGGCCCGGGAACGCCGGGCGGGAGGAGCUGGAGGAGGACGACGCCUUUUUCAGCGUGCAGGUGCCGGCGGCCGCCUUCCUGGGCUCCGGGACCCCCGGGAGCGGCAGCGGCAGCGGCAGCCGGGGUCGCCUCAACUCGUUCACUCAGGGAAUCCUGCCCAUCGCCUUCUCCAGGCCGACUUCGCAGAACUACUGCGCCCUGGAGCAGCCGGCCCAGGGCGCCAGCGCCAGCGCCUUGGAGCAGCUGCAGAGGUCCCGACGUCGCCUCAUCUCCCAGAGAUCAUCCUUGGAGACCCUGGAAGAUAUUGAGGAAAAUGCCCCUCUACGGAGAUGUCGAACUCUCUCAGGUUCACCCAGACCAAAGAACUUUAAGAAGAUUCAUUUUAUCAAGAACAUGCGGCAGCACGAUACCAGGAAUGGCAGAAUAGUCCUUAUCAGUGGCAGAAGAUCCUUCUGUAGUAUAUUUUCCGUGCUGCCCUAUCGUGACAGUGCCCAAGUUGGGGAUUUGAAGUUGGAUGGAGGGAAGCAGUCUUCAGGUGCUGUGAGCUUGAAAGAGAUCAUUGGUCUUGAAGGCGUGGAGCUGGGAGCCGACGGGAAGACUGUUUCUUACACCCAAUUUCUGCUACCCACAAAUGCCUUUGGAGCCCGGAGAAAUACCAUAGACUCCACCUCCUCCUUCUCCCAGUUCCGUAACCUGAGCCACCGCAGCCUUUCCAUAGGACGUGCAAGCAGCACCCAGGGGAGCCUGGACACAGGUAGCGACCUGGGAGACUUUAUGGACUAUGACCCAAAUCUCCUGGAUGACCCCCAGUGGCCUUGUGGCAAACACAAGCGAGUUCUCAUCUUUCCUUCGUACAUGACCACAGUAAUAGACUAUGUGAAGCCCUCAGAUCUCAAGAAGGACAUGAAUGAGACCUUCAAGGAGAAGUUUCCCCACAUUAAGUUAACACUCAGCAAGAUAAGGAGUCUGAAGCGAGAGAUGCGGAAGCUUGCCCAGGAGGACUGUGGCUUUGAGGAGCCCACAGUGGCCAUGGCCUUUGUCUAUUUUGAGAAGCUCGCCCUCAAGGGAAAGCUAAACAAACAGAACCGGAAGCUUUGUGCCGGAGCAUGUGUACUAUUAGCAGCCAAAAUCGGAAGUGACCUCAAAAAACAUGAAGUCAAGCAUUUAAUUGACAAACUGGAAGAGAAGUUCCGGCUGAAUAGACGAGAACUGAUUGCCUUUGAAUUCCCAGUGUUAGUGGCCUUGGAGUUUGCUCUUCAUCUGCCAGAGCACGAAGUCAUGCCCCAUUACAGACGCCUGAUCCAGAGCUCCUAGCACAGGCCCCAAGGACGGGUGGGGACCGCUUCCUCUGAGCUUGUGGAGCAGCACUUACUACUGGAAAUGCAGAAACAGAACUUGACAUACCAACCUGUUUUCCUCUCAACAUGUUUUUGUGGAGAAGCAGUACCUGAAACUUUUCAGGAAGUCCCGGUCUGGCUAGCCGGCAUGAGCCGUGAGUGGGUGAUUACGCAGCAGCUGAAGGGGAGACCCGUGCAGGAGGUGGCCGAGGGCCUUUCAGCUUUCACCUGGCUGGCAUUCCCAGGUGUCCCCGCCCUGCUGUUCUUCUGGGCACAGACCUCGCAAGCAUGGUCCAUGGUCUCCCCUGCAGACCUGGCCCCACGCAAGAGAGCAGAGUUCUAAAGCAGAAGGGAAGAGAAUUUACAGUGGCUGGGGGAAGCUUUUAAAGGAUACCCUUACUGUGUCAAAACAGUUUGCCAAUCUGUUUUUGUCUCCGCUCUUAGAGGUGUGCGCACACACCCAGGGGGGAAGGGGGCGUGAGAGUGUGAGAAUGUGUGUGUUAGAGCUGCCACCUGCCAGAGCACGGACCUCUGCCUGGGGGCGAGAACCAGCCCGACCUUCAGCAGUUCUAGACCAUCUCUGGGCAACUGCCCCUCUCUCUCUACCAGAUUGUCUGACGUUCUCCGCCCUUAGGAAAUGCCAUAGUUUCUGUUACUGCUCCUACCACCAAUGGGACAAAGAGGACGAGUCCUCGAUGCUGGACAGGCCACGUGGAAAGGCAUGAAGUGUGGCGCUCUAUGCCUUUCCGAGGCCGCACCGCGUGCUUAUGGUUGACCUUCGCACUUUCCCGCUGCGGAGACGGCUGGGGCUGCUCCGCGGUGUGUAUCCUGUGCUCUAUGUUAGAGUGCAUAAUAAGCACAUUGAUUGUGCUUGCUCUAUAUACAUGUUUUCUAGAAAUCCAGAGUAGGUGGGAGACACAUGAUUGGUGUUUGGAGGCGUCUGACCGCUGGGACAGACUGCAUCUGAAGCUGAGGUUCGGUGGACGGGAGAGGCAGCAACUUCUCAUCGCCCCGUCCACUGUCUGUGCAGAACUUCCGCUGUAACUCGUCCUGCCUGGCUGGCACGUCAGGGGUCCCGGGGCACGUCACAGCCACAAGAGCUGUGCCUGCUGGACUUCACUGGACAGGAGGAGGCCCGGGGCAAGAAAAUUAAAAUAUUUUGUUUCUAUAUACGUGUAUGUGUAGACACACAUGUCACCGGUCACCCCUUGCCCAGGAUUACUGAUCGCUGUGCCACCAUCCCCACUUGCACGCAGAUGGGAGCUUCUCACAUCAGCUCAGAGAGCAGGUGACAGGGAAGCCGAGCACGCGGCUUUAGUUAGCGGAGCCGGAAUAAAUCCCGACAGUGGCACAGGAUGGAGGGAUUUAAGGAACAGCUGGGGAGGGAACAGAUUACUCCCCUUCCCCAGACUCUUAGAGUUCAACCAAAUUCAGUACUAAAUAUUUUGCUAACAAGUAUCCUGGGCUGGAUUCAGUUUUAAGACCAUGAUUUUGUUGGGGGCCAUGAUGAACACGACCUCUAAGUCAACUGACAUUUAAGGGGUGCCAACUGUUGAUGAGGCGUAGUGUUCAGAGCGUCUCUACCGCCUGAACUAAACAUGCCAUUGACCUUCCUGUCCUGGUGGCUGGCACGUGCUGCCCUGAUGAGCCACCCCAGGGUCGCAGCCUGCUCAGCUCCCCGGGGAGUGCCUGGCAGAUGGGAAGCCUUUACGAGGAGCAAGGCCACUGGCAUCUAGGAACUGCCCACAGAGCUCCCCACUGUCCAUCUGUCUUGAAUCUCCUGCCAAGCUCAGGGGGACAUCUGGUGGGUGACCCGUGCCACCAGGUCCUUCCUGUGUUUCAGAAAUCAAGCUAAUGUUCUUGAAUUUAGGGCUGUUUGGUUUUUAGCAUUUAUCAAGGUGAACUUAAGUUGUUGGUCCAUUAUUUAAAAAAAAAAAAAAAAAACCUAAUUUUAAACUA